AUGGUUAACAAGCCAUUCUCAAAUGAUAAUUUGCUAGCUCACCGAAUAAACGAGAAAAAAAGCUUACGGCGCUCCGUUUCUUUCUUUCUUUUUAUUUCCUUUUCUUUCUUUCUUUCUUUCUUUCUUUUUAUUUCCUUUUCUUUAAUUCUUCCUUUCUUUCUUUUUACUUAUUCUUUCUUUCUAUUUAUUUAUAUUCUUUUCUUUCCUUCUUUCUUUUUUAUUUCUUUCCUUUUCUUUCUUUCUUUUUUCCUUUUUAUUUAUUUCCUUUUCUUUCUUUCUUUCUUUCUUUCUUUCUUUUUAGAUAUUUCCUUUUUUUUCUUUCUUUCUUUCUUCCUUUUUAUUUAUUUCCUUUUCUUUCUUUCUUUCUUUCUUUCUUUCUUUUUAGAUAUUUCCUUUUCUUUCUUUCUUUUUAUUUAUUUUCUUUUCUUUCUUUCUUUUUAUUUCCUUUUAUUUACUUCUUCCUUUCUUUCUUUUUACUUAUUCUUUCUUUCUAUUUAUUUAUAUUCUUUUCUUUCCUUCUUUCUUUUUUAUUUCUUUCCUUUUCUAUCUUUCUUUCUUUCUUCCUUUUUAUUUAUUUCCUUUUCUUUCUUUCUUUCUUUUUAUAUAUUUCCUUUUCUUUCUUUCUUUCUUUCUUUCUUCCUUUUUAUUUAUUUCCUUUUCUUUCUUUCUUUCUUUUUAGAUAUUUCCUUUUCAUUCUUUCUUUUUAUUUAUUUCCUUUUCUUUCUUUCUUUUUAUUUAUUUCCUUUACCUUCCUUUUUUAUUUCUUUUUCCUUAUUUUUCUUUUUUUAUUUCCUUUUCUUUCUUUAUUUUUAUUAUUUCCUUUUCUUUCUUUCUUUUUUUAUUUAUUUGCUUUUCUUUCCUUCUUUUUUCUUUCUUUUUACUUAUUCUAUCUUUCUCAUCUCCUCUCACUAUCCUCUCAUCUUUUUGCCUCUUCUCAUACCUUCCCCUAUCCACUUUGUUACUCUCUCUCUCUCUCUCUCUCUCUCUCUCUCUCUCUCUCUCUCUCUCUCUCUUUCACGUCCUUUCAUUCUCUGCACUAAGGCUGUAUGUAUUCUUCUCCUCCCACCUUUUCAAUCGUUCUCCUCCCCAUUUCUCACCUCGCAAUUUUCUCAUCCUUUCCCUUUUCCUCUUCCUGCAUACAUGCUCAUUUACAUCCCAAAUCUUCUUCCUUAUCCUGCUUUUUUCUUCGCCUCAACUGUUCCUUAUUCUCUCUUCCGUAUUCUCUCUCUCUCUCUCUCUCUCUCUCACACACACACACACAUAAGCUUUUCUGUUUCUGUCUUUAUGCAUGCAUUUUCUCUUUAUUUCUCCUCCUUUUCCUUCUCUUCUAUUUUUAUCUCUCAUUAA